ACUUGGAGAUGGAGAGUGUAAUACAGGAAAAUGCAUGGGUGGCCGACCCGCUAAACCACUACAGCCUAAGCUCAGUGUCUAAGAAGCACGGGAAGCUGAUCACCUUCUUACGCACCUUCAUGAAGUCCAGGCCCACCAAGCAGAAGCUGAAGCAGAGAGGCAUCCUGAGGGAGAGGGUGUUCGGAUGCGACCUGGGAGAACACCUCCUCAACUCAGGACAUGAUGUUCCCCAGGUCCUUAAGAGCUGCACCGAGUUCAUCGAGAAACACGGUGUGGUGGACGGCAUCUACCGCCUCUCUGGAAUCGCCUCAAAUAUCCAGAAACUGCGGCACGAGUUUGACUCUGAGCAGAUCCCCGACCUGACCAAAGAUGUUUACAUCCAGGACAUCCACUGCGUUGGCUCGCUGUGCAAGCUCUACUUCAGAGAGCUGCCCAACCCCCUGCUCACCUACCAGCUCUACGAGAAAUUCUCUGAUGCUGUAUCAGCAGCGACGGACGAAGAACGACUCAUCAAAAUCCAUGAUGUCAUCCAGCAGCUUCCUCCGCCGCAUUACAGGACUCUGGAGUUCCUCAUGAGACAUCUCUCCCACCUGGCAGCGUACAGCUACAUCACCAACAUGCACAGCAAGAACCUGGCCAUCGUCUGGGCUCCCAACCUGCUGAGGUCUAAACAGAUAGAAUCUGCGUGCUUCAGCGGCACAGCGGCCUUCAUGGAAGUCCGAAUCCAGUCGGUGGUGGUGGAGUUCAUUCUCAAUCACGUGGACGUUCUCUUCAGCAGAAAACUCAGCUCACUAAUACGAGAGGGAGCAGGUCACAACUCAUUGUCACGACCCAAGUCCCUGCUGGUUUCAUCGCCUUCCACUAAACUCCUGACUCUGGAGGAGGCGCAGGCCAGGACUCAGGCUCAGAUCAACUCUCCUGUCACUGAAGACAGCAAGUACAUCGAAGUGGGCGAAGGUCCCGCCGCCCUGCAGGGCAAGUUCCACACGGUCAUCGAGUUUCCCACUGAAAGGAAAAGGCCUCCUAUUAAAUCCAAGAAGUCUCCUGUGGGUAGUUGGCGUUCCUUCUUCAACCUGGGCAAGUCUUCCUCCAUGUCUAAGCGGAAGCUGCACCGCAACCCCAGUGAGCCCAAUGAACUGAAGGCCAUGGCUCUUGCUGGAGGCAGAGGGGAUACAGCAACAUUAAGAUCUGCCAAAAGUGAAGAGUCAUUGAGUUCUCUGCACAAUGUUGAAGGAGAAUCCAAAGUGUACCGUCCUCGGCGGCCGCGCUCCAGCAGCGACGCCCUGUCGGCCUCCUUCAACGGCGAGCUGCUGGACAGCCGGCAGCACUGCAACUCCUACGACAACCUGAACGCCACAGAGGACAGCGACGCGGAAGACGGGCCCAUCUGUGUGCCUGCUCUCAUCUCACCUCCCCGCUCAGCAGGUGAAGAUGUGGACCUCAGCCCGCCUGACAUCGGCAUGGCCUCCUUGGACUUUGACCCCAUGUCUUUCCAGUGCAGCCUCCCCGACACCUCCUACGCCUUCCCGCUAGAUGACUCACCGGCCGGGGCCGAGGGCUCCACGUUAAAGAGGAGCCCCGGCAGCAUCUGUGGCAAGACCAACGGCGCCGACUUCAUCUCUGCUUCCUUCCUGGGCAACUUGACCUCCUCCAUGUUGUCCACUGACUUCAGCCCGGCUGUCAGAGAGAGGAUGGAAAGCAAGAGGCUGACCACCUCCUAUUCUUACACUGAUAAACCCACACAGGCUGUGUCACCUAUUAAAUGUGGAAAGGCCACUAGUUUGACACCAUUUGCCACCUCAGACUUUUUCUCCACAGAGAUGCUUGACAGGAAUACAGCCAGACAGGCUGUCCCCCCUAAACCAUUAUCUCCUCCAUCACGACCAAAGGACUCUCCUCCCCUGAUGGGCAGCCUGCUGUUGAAGGCGACCGAGCCAUCGCUAAGUGAAGCUUUUCAAAUAGAGCUGCACACUAAGCUGGCAGCCUCUGACAGCGUGGACAGUCGAGAACCGAAGGGAGAGGACAGUGUGGAGCAGGCGGGAGCAGCAACCAGCAGUCAUGAGCACCAAGGAGUUGUAGCUCCGGACUCUUCAAAGGACCUCACCCCUCGUUCCCUCAGCUCAUCAGCUGACUCUUCCGCCCCUCCUCCUCCCCCUCCUAAAAACGCUGCCCGCAUGUUGGCCCUGGCCCUCGCUGAGUCUGCCCAGCAGGUCUCCAUACAGUCUCAUUCUCGGUCCUCUGAGCCCCCGACACCAGUGUCCCCUCUGCAGCCACAGGAGGCCUUUGACUUUCAGGACCUGCCGGGACUUCCGCUGAUCCCGCAUUACCAGGCUUCCUCUGAGGAGGAGGGAGCUGGUAGAGGAAGUUCCCCACCACCAAACAUCACUGUUCCAACCGACACCACAGCCUCAUCUUAUCCCUCCACUUCCAGUCCUCUAAUCAGACAGCGUCAUUUAGAGUUAACCAGCAUGAUUACCAAACCAUCAGAAAGUGCCAUGUCCUCUACAUCUCCACCUGGAACACAGUCAGAAACAGAUUCCCCCCCACCAGGCAGUCCACUUUACAAGUGCACCCCCCUCUCCAGUUCAACCAGCCUGGUUUCUCCAACCAGGAAGAGUCCAGACAGGCAGCAGCCUGUUACAGGACAGGUUCCAGUCCGUACCAGCUCAACCAGUAGCACUCCAGCCACCACCCCCAGCAGCAGCUGCAAAGACUUUGUAGUCUUAUCACCACAGUCUGUCCCUGAGGUCAAAGCAGAGGAGACCACACCACCCCCAUUCUUUCCAAAACCAUCAGAACAGCAGCCACCCACAGCUCAGAAGCCCAAAAAGCAGUCCGUGUCUCUGCCCCAGCAUCAAACACAAACGCAGCAGACUCAGCAGAACCAGGCUCAGAUACAACCUCAUCUUCCAGCACAGCCUCAACCUCACCCGCAGUCACAGCCUCACACGCAAUCUCAGACGCAAACCCAACCCCAACCUCAUCCACCCUCAAAGGCCAGCGCAAGAGUGGCCCCCACCUCCGCUGAGCCCGCUGAGAAGCCUUGGGAGGCCAUAAAGCCAGUACAGCCCUGCACAGAGUCUGCAAAAUACCACGACUCCUACGGUUCCCUCCCUCCUGCCCCUCCUGUCCGCACCAUCGAGAGCAAACUAGCCACAGCAGCACUCAGCCAAAGUGAAGCCUCCUACCACAUCCUGGCUGAGGGCCCCGCGCCCGGCCACAUGGAGGAUGACCUGCCUCACCAUCCUCUUUCACCUCGUAAGUCCUCCACGCACCAGCCACAGCCAGCCUACCUGUACCACGCUAAAGGAGAACCGGUCUUAAUCGAACCUCCAGGAGCUGCAUACUACCACCAGAGGCCCGUUCCCCUGGUCCAACAAUCCAUUCCACACCACUAUCGACCUGACAGCGUCCCCCCACACCUCUCCUACGUGUCAAAGUCUGAGCCUCAGAUACCUUACAGUGCCCGAGUAGACAACAGAUACAGCACUUUAGGCCCCAGGUCCUACCACCACUCUAUAAAGUCCAGAGGUAACCCCCGCAGUGUGUACGUGACUCCAGGGCCGGGGCAUCCGGGGUAUAGUCAUGACAGAACCCACGGCUACCCCACCAUCCGCAGAGUGCACUCACUCCAUGUUCCUUCCACUAUCCGCUCAGUGCCCAUCCAACGGACUGAAGUUCCUCCAGACGACGAAAUGUUCUUUUACCACCGACCAGUGUUUCAGUGCAAAGCCUACCAGCAACCUCCGCAGCAGUCCUCACAAGCUGACUACCAUGUCACCCAGCUGCAGCCUUACUUUGAGAAUGGACGGGUGCAGUAUCGCUAUAGUCCCUACUCUGGUUCUAGCCCUUUAGAGGCGCCUUUCUAUGACAUUGACCCUUACGGCACGGUCAGAGUCCGGCACAUCCACUCCUACAGCAGAGGAGAUGGGGGAGCCGCUGGGGUUGCUGGACGGCCGGGUGGAAAGGCGACUGGGUACCAUUACCUCAGUCGCCAUGUUCUCCCACCUGGGAAGGAGCACAGCUUCGUGAGCAGGGACAUGCCCCCCAGUCACGGAUCCAAGGAAGCCGCUGCUUACUUAGCCUGGGACCCAGAGGAGUCCGAAAGGCUCCGUAUGCACUCCAUCCGCAGGGAGAGCAGGGCCAGACAGAAGAUUAAAGGCCCUGUCCUGUCACAGUAUGACAACGUAGGCCUGUUCGCACCAGCAGAUAUAUCAGGCUAUGAAACCCUGCACCUGCGCAGUAAAUCUGACCCAGGUAAAGCUGUGCUGGUUGCAGCCGAUAGCAAAGAUGGGCGAUACCUUCCCAGACACAUGGUGUCAGACCCUGACGUCCUCAUGUACAUGGAGACUGACAAGUACAUCCAGAGCAGUCCAAUGGGUGACAAGUCGGACGGGCUCGCCAAGCAAAGUGGCUCCAAGAAAUGUCAAUCCUCUCACUCCCUUCCCGCUACUCUGAGCCACAGUCUCUCCCAUCAGCAGGAGAGCAGCCGACACGAGGCCAAGCAUGAGACUGGAGAAGAAAAACUCUGUGGAGACAGCAGCAGGUCCAAACACUGGCAGCAUGAGCACCCCAACAAGAGGAAUUUCCAACCUCGUUACGAGUGCCCUGAUCCUGACCACCACCAGAGUAAAGGUAAAACAUCAAGUAGCUACCACAGUACAGACGACCAGCCGUCAGCUCCCAGGGAACAACUCGCCCGCUCCAAACCGGAGCGCUCACACAGCGUCCGGGAGCAGCAGCACUACAGCCAGAGCAAAGCCGACCUGGAAAGAGACUACUCAUAUCAGCAACACGGUGGUAAAACGGUGCAGUCCCACUACGACAACUUGGACGAUUACCACCCAGUACCUCAGCCUCAGGCCCCUGUUCAAAUACGUGGAGGUUCCAGCUCCUACCCCGCCCCAGGAUUCACAGUCACCCACAACAACAGAGCGUACUCCACAGCACUGGGCCAAGGAGCCUAUAUCCAGACUGACCUGGCCAUCCAGAGGCCAGAGACAGAGAUACGUACAGAAUGAAGCAUUUAGGUGGGGGAAUGUGUUAAAUUAUCUUUAGCUGUGUUGAAGAAAGACUCUAAUGAGCUACGGUUGAGCAGCCUCUGCAGGACAGUGGACUGUCGUAUCACCAAUAUUUUUGCUCCUCUGUAUUUUUAAUGAAUUGUAAAGAAAAUUGUAAGACUUUUUACAGAAAGUCCUGAAUGUACCUGAAGUUAUUGUCCAAGCGGUCAUAUUGCUGUGAUUGACUGAGACAGUAGCCAGUCAUAAAUGUAUAUGAUAUGAAAGACAUA